AUGACCCAGAAGAAGGGGAAAGGUGAUAAGCAUCCGUGCAGCGAUGUCACCACUGAUGAUACUACGCUGAUUCUUGAUUACCUUCGUUCCUCUCACGGAAAUCGGGUGCAGGCCAAUGACAUAUCAACCAAUCUGCAUGGUGAAGUCAGCAAAGCACAAGCCAUCAAGGUUUUACGCGAACUGCAUCAGAACAAGAGAAUUGAAGGGCGAGUGGCCGGGAAACAGGUGGUUUAUCAUGCUCUACAAGAGACAUCGAGUGCGCCAGAGACCCUUGCCGCUCUGGAAGAGAUGAUUGAGCAGCUACGGGAACAAAUCAGCGGUCUCCAGUCCACCGAAAAAAAGACACGAGGGGAGCUGGCAGCUCUCGGUGCGAAACCUUUGCUGUCCGAGCUUCGAUGUGAUAUCAGUCAAUUCGAGCACCAGCACGAUGCAACCCGCGCACGCCUGGAAAGGGCACAAGAGCGCGAUUCAACCCCCGUUCCUCCCCACGUCAAAACGAAAGCCGAAGAGGACUGGAAACUCUGGCAAAACCAUGCCAACGUACGCGGUCGGAUCUGUCGUGAAUUGUGGCGACAGUGCUCAGAGGUGGUGCCAGAUGGGACUACUCGGGCAGAGCUCUGGGGUAACUGCAAGUUCGGAGCCAAAUGCGCCCUGGCGCAUAUCCUACCCGAUGGCCGACGAGUUAAUCGUCCCAGCCCGGCGAUGGCAAUGGGUGGAAGCCAUCUCAAUCUAGGCGGGCGGGUCAACCCACAAGCCUAUGUCAAUCAGGAUUCCGCGCUGACGAACUCGGUGCUUUCGCAACAACGGAUGAACGGCCACGAUCCAAGAUACGCCUCCCAGGUCCCCACUCAGGAUGAAUUUGUCGCGCUACAUGCCCAGCAACAACCGCCUUAUGAUGCCAUCCCCACCAUUGACACCGGCUUGGUUUCCGAUGCUGGCUCCAAGUACGGGUCUCCUGUGGAUGACUUGCGAUUUCCAAUGUCCCCAAACCAUCGUCACCUAACAGCUCUCGAUGCCCCGCUUCCUGCGUCCUUCGAUAGCCAGGGGAUCUCACAUGCCGCUCGCUAUGGCCCUGUUGCGGCCUCUAUGCCUUCGAAAUUUGGAUUGGAACUCUCCCCGCCAGCACAGCGUAUGGGUGCCCCAUUAGAUGCCAUUCGGAAUCUCCGAGACACGGCAUAUGGCCCCGAUGUGAAGAAACUAUCUUCUUUCGUCGCCUCGUCGCCCCCUGGCCUUCCGGAAGAUGGCAUUGGUCCGCGAUUCCUGCACUCCCAACGGCCCAUUAAAUCCCGGGUGCUUUCUGCUAGUGUGCCCCGGCCCACGGCUUUGGAUGACUGGGAUGAUAGUAAUUUUCCCAUGGAGGAGGAUUAUCUGCCAAUCAACUUGCAUGACGAUGUUCUUACGCCACAGGAGCGGCUCCGGCGUCUAUCGCGUACCGAUCACGAACUCAGCUCAAGCCAUCGCGAUCUGAGUGGGUUGGGCAUGAGCGGCACUAGUCUUUCGAAAGUUGGCUCCCCCUUAGCCUCCAGUCCGUCUCGAUUCGGCGCUCUAUUUGCCAAGCAACGACAAAGGAAGGAGGAAGACGCCCACGGUACCUCCCUCACACAUGUCGGAUCGCCGCUUCGCGAGUCCUCAUGGAAUCUGGGUACCAGCCCCGGUUUGGGUCCCAUUGGAAGCCGACAGAUGUCCGGCGAUGUCUCGCCGUUCGUUUCGAGUCCCUCUCGCCAACCAUCGAUGUCAAUGAUAUCGCAGCAGCUCAGCGGCAUGUCUCUUCACCCUGGCUCGGCUCGUCAUUCGUCAUCUGUAGGCGCCAGCAGUCGCCUUGACCGCACUGUUUCGUCGCCGGUGAGCACAAGUAAAAUCGACGAAGAACAGGGCGAUUUGGUCUUUUCCAUGGAAGAGGAGGAAAACAACAAACGAAACAGCGCCUCCUGGAGCCCACAUAAGCCUGAUUCUAACGACGAGGCUUCAACGCCAACAAGUAACUCAGGUUUCCAGCCGUAA